AGGUAUGGAGUGACUCCGGAAAACAUCAUCUUGUACGGUCAGAGCAUAGGGACGGUGCCGACGGUGGACCUGGCGUCCCGGUACGAGUGCGCGGCAGUGAUCCUCCACUCUCCCCUCAUGUCCGGCUUGCGUGUGGCCUUUCCCGACACACGCAAAACCUACUGCUUCGAUGCCUUCCCGAGCAUCGACAAGGUGUCAAAGGUGGCGUCUCCAGUGCUGGUCAUCCACGGCACAGAAGACGAAGUGAUCGAUUUCUCCCACGGUUUGGCCAUCUACGAGCGAUGUCCGCGUGCCGUGGAGCCUCUGUGGGUGGAGGGCGCCGGGCACAACGACAUCGAGCUUUACGCUCAGUACCUCGAGAGACUCAAACAGUUUAUCACGUUCGAGCUGGCUACCUCCUGAAGCCGAGGCGCGCACACACUCACUCACACGUGUCGUGUAGGGUUCCCCUUUACCCAGGGCUGAGGACGCCAUCAGUACUUGCACUUGCUGAUAAAAAAAAAAGACGAAGUCCCUCUCUGUUUAGGAGCGGGGCGUUUUGAUGAUUUCGAACCACACUAUUAUUUUAUACUUGAUGAAAAAACGCUAACAUUUUGCACCGCAUUCAAUACGUUGUAUUUGACUAUUUGAUAUUUUCUCUUGGUUUUCUGCUAAUGUUUUUUUUAAAAAUGCUACUCAAGGGUUAAUUAAACUGCACUUUUAUUGUGCUGGUGUUUUCAGGUUAUUAUAUUUUUGUUUUCGAUUAUCUUUUUUUUUUUUUGGCGGGAAUUGUCAUAGCAUUCCGUUUUGUUUCAAGUUGAUUAGUACAAGAUCAACCAGUGACUGACUUUUUACACGGCCAGUUUAUGUGUGUGUUUGUGUUUAGGCACGUUCAUACGCACAUGCGUUUGUGUGGUAAAGGCCGCUGACUGUUCGGCCGAAAUAAUUGUAACUUGGGCUAAUUAAGACCUGUGGAAGUGACUUGACCCGUAAAUAAUGAAGACGUACUGUCUGUGAUUUCGAAUACAGUGGGGAAGAGUCGUCGUAUUGUCUUUUCAGCGGUGAAACACAUUGCUUUGUCGCAACACAGCAUUCAGGGCAUUGUUUUGGCGCAAACACUACAUCGUUCUAAUCGUGGGUUGUAUUAAAAAUGUGAAACUUUAAGCUCUCUGUUGCUUUUAGCAUUGACCUUAUAAUAAGCCUUAUGUUUUCAGACAUUUCGCUCCGACAUUCCUGUCAAUGAUUUCUCAGAAAGGGGAUUUUGAAGAUUUUCUCUGGGCUCCUGCUCGCUGCUACUCUAAUGGGAAAAUCACUGUGAAAACCGAACCUUCGCUAGAUAUAAAUAAGGUACCGCAUCUCCUCAUCGUUUUGACGUUCAUCGUCUUUUCCAGACAACGGACAAAUCACAAAACCCAGGAAAAUGAAUUAUUCAUUCAAUGUUUUCCCCCAUACGGUGAAUGAAGGACUGUGUUUGUAGACAUUUCACCAUAGCACUACACAACAGAAUGAUCAGAAUUGCUACCAAACCGGUGCGAUCGUCUGAUUGGAUGUUUUUAACGUAUAGCAGAAGUUGUUGUCGGUUAGCUUGACUUGUUGUAUCGCUGUAAGGUUAUGCAGUGGGCGGUUCAUGUAUGAUGUUGUUUGGAGAUGAAGCUCUUUGAGACUUUUUAAGGAAUGGCAGAAACUGACCACAUCUAAGCCGGCCAUUGCUUUUGAUACUGACAUUUUUACAAUGUUUUUUCAGUAAUUAUUAAUAUUUACACCUCUUUUAAUGCUGGUUUGUAAGAUAACCGUACUGUACACCCUCUCUCUCUCUCUAUAUAUAUAUAGGUAUGUAAAAUAUGAAGUAAAUGGUAUUUAGCUUUGAUUUUUAUUCACACUGGAAUCACAGUAUGCAAAUAUAAUGCAGAGAAAACCCUAGUUGGUACAGACACUUUUGUGUGUAGGUUUCUUUUUGUUGUUUUUUUAUUUUAUUUAUUUUUUAUAUCUUUAAAGCCUUAAAUGUGCCGCGAGACAGAUUAUUGUUCUUUCUGUUGGUUGUUGCUUCAGUGCAACACAGUGGUUAUUGUACUGCAUAUAAAGGAAUAAAGGAUGCAUGGAAA